CAGAAAACAACCUCCUGACUUCUUGAUGAUUUUAGAAGCUACCUCAUUUCGAUAUUCUAGAUUGCCAAUCUCAAGCUCGCCCACCUUCUUCUUGACGUACAGUUCGAUGUCCCCAAUAGUGUUUUCUGGUGAAGCGCUUUCUUCCACAACAUUCCGCAAUGAUGAAAAGCCCUUCUGAACCGCAGGUGUUGAUCGGCUAGUGAUGAAAAUUCGUAAGGGUACACCGGCAUCAAGUUUUGCAAGCAGUGGAAAUAGGAGACUCUGGUUUGAACAUUCAUCCAAGGCAUCAAUAACCCAAUACUGGGUUCUCUGGAACGACGUCCUGAACACACCUCCAACGAUAGUUUUCGCCACAAUGCUCUUGGUUCAUCGCGGUCAAGCCGUACAUCGUUUUGCUGCAAUGCCAAAACUUCUUCCCGAACGUUGAAGUUCAUCGUUGAUAUCUGAAAUGCGAGGGACCGAAGACAAGUCUCCAACCCCGAAUUUAGCUUGUCUCCGUGUUUGAAAAAGAAAUAGCUACAGUCCAUGUUGAGAUCCUCUAGAGAGUUCACAACUGAAGCAGUAAGGUAAGACUUUCCUGAACCUGGUUGGCCAUUAACCCAAAAGACUUCUGUCUCGAGUCUCUGAGAAUCUCUCCAUUGACAGAAUGCCGCAGAACUCGUCAACCAGUCACAAGAACCCUCUAUCUGCUUUUCCUCAAAGCUUGCAACAUCGUCCUCGGGUCUUUCGUGUAUAUCAAGGUACUUUUCGAGAAUCCGAAGCUGUCUAUGCUGAUCUUCUCGUGUUUGAUGGUACAGAUUUUCCUCGAUGCCUUUGGUGAUUGAAGCUAGAGCAUUUCUGAUCGUUACAUAAUUCGCGUCCGACGGAGAGUGGAAUUUACAGAUUCCCCUGUGAGUUGCGUUCACAAGAGUACUAAUUUCGUUGGAAUACACGAGAACAGCGGACUCUCGACUCACAAUAAAAUUGGAAAUUGGACCCAACUGUGUUUCAACUACUUCGUAGAAGAAUCUCAGUUGAAGGCUUCCCGAAAUGUGGCGGAAACCAUCGUUGAUGAGUUGGAGCAUAACCGAGUUAUCUUUGAGAUCGUCCACAUAACUUUUUGAACCACCUGGCAAGACAAUGCUUUUCAAGGAUUAGUCCAGUACCCGUGCUAACCCAGAGCCACGAUGUGGGGUCGCCAGAAAAACCAUGGUAUGAACUCGUGCCGCUAAAGAGCCAUACAAUGGAUCUUCCCGACAAAUCAUAUACAGUUUCUUCAUCACCAAUCCUCCCAUGCUAUGUCCAAUCAAAACUAUCGGCGUUGUGCUACCAUUGCCAAAAUACGGAUUAUCGUGGAUUUCUGAUAUCAAUGACUUCGCAAAGUCGUGCACAUUUAAGGCGCUCGCUUUCUUUUCUCCCCAAUUCGAAGCAUAACCAAAUGAAUGUAUUCGAACGUUUCGAAAUGCGGGGUCGCGGGGAAGCCAUUCUUGAAUCCAGUAGUGCCAUGUAUCUUUGGUCAAUGACCAGGUCUUCCGACUGCCGCCACCCAAGCCAUGAACAAAUACAAAAUCUAUCAACGGUUCCGAAGGCACAAAUAGUAAAUUCAAACCAAGGCUUCCAACGGCAUCUUCCGGGGUAUUUGGUUCUCGUCUUAGUAGAGUGGUACGAGCCUGGAACACGCUAUCGAGGGAAUUCGUUGAGGAUUUACUCCGGUGAGAAAAGUGUCGAGAGAACUGUGUGUAGGAGGUCAGUAGAGAAAGAUAGCAUACGGUUCUCAUGAGUAACAAACCAUUUCCCCAGAAGCUGAUCCAUUUAGUGGAACGAAGAAGGCAUGCCAAGUCGAGCGUUGAUAUUGUGCCUAGUUCAGAUUUGUUCUGCGCAUCGUGAGUUUCCAUUUUACGGACUCUUCUGUUUCUGCUGGUGGAUGGAUGGCGCCACAUGCAACGAUCCCCUCGUUUCUGCGGCUCUGGCCUCUAGGAUUUCUUGAUUUCUUAAUGUCUUAUUUUGAUGAUAAGAAACCGGGGUUCAUAUUGGACUGAACAGGAAGGAACUCUUGGGCACCGUUGCUGUGCCUAAAAAAUACGCCAAAACAAGGUCGACUACUCCCAAACACGAUUAGGGUGCAGUCAGCGUGCCGUUGCAGAAUCCUUUGCUGCUGAACAACUCACCCGGCGCCUAUUCAAACGAUACCAAUGAUGAUUGAUGGCUACCAUGUUCCUCUUGCAUGUCACCGCGAUGUAGUUCUUAAAGCCUCCCGACCUCCACUUCAUAGUAAAAAUUAAAAACAAAAAGCGAGGGAAAAGAUGGCUGACAAAGAAUUUGAUACGGAAUUUCCAGACCUGAAGUUGCUCACGAUUGAUUCAUCCUCCCUUGAAGAUGAGGCGGGACCUAGGAUCAUGGUGGAUGAAAAUGUGAUUGCGAGUUAGUCCAUUGAUACCUUUUUAUCGUCUUGUUGUUCUAACGAAAGCUCUCAGAAUUACCAGCAGGAUCGCAUUCAGUAUAUGCAAGAAGUCAUGGCUCCAGCAUGUGGACACAAACCGCUCGCGUAGAGACUACACAGGCUGACGAAACGCAAAAAUCUUAUUUUCUCAAGGCUGGGUUCUAUACUUCCACUCAUGUUAUCUGUUCUAACAUAGAAAUAGGUAGCCUCUGGAGACCUUGGUCUUGGUAUGGUGGAAGGAGAAUUCGAGUCAAUGAAGUCAAUCCACGAUGUCUUAGAGGAUUUCUGUCCAAAGCCCUUAGCCUGGGGAACUUUCAAAUCAAAUCCAGACCUUCACUUCUUUCUCUGUGAUUUUAGAGAGAUGGACCAAGAUAUUCCAGAAAUGGACAGGUUUACUUCCAUGUUGGCUGAAUUCCAUUCAACCUCCAGUGCCAGGUCUCCAAAUGGGCACUUUGGUAAUCAUUGCACCACUUAUAACGGCAAUCUUGCCCAAGACAAUUCUUGGACAGACUCUUGGGAGGAAUACUUCAAGGACAAUAUUGUAAGAAUGCUUCAACUUGAAGAAGAAGCACGAGGCCCCAGCCCAGAGUUAAAACAACUUGCGGGGCCUUUUCUUGAAAAGGUCAUCCCGCGACUCUUACGGCCUUUAGAGACGCAAGGUAACAUUUUGAAACCUUGUUUGAUACAUGGGGACCUUUGGUAUGGGAAUACCUCAACGGAUCUCGAUACCGGAGAACCGAUCACUUUUGAUGCAUCUUCAUUCUGGGAUCACAAUGAGUGUAGGUGGUACACAAUCGAUUACCCAAUCCUUUUCUGACUCUCUUUCUCUACAGAUGAGGUUAGAACAAUGAGACCGGCUGGAGUCCAAUUUGGGCGGGCUUAUUUGAAAGCAUACCAUGCUCGCUACCCAAUAUCACCCCCGGAAGAAGACCACGAGGAUCGUCUGGCACUUUACGCCAUGUGAGUAAACCCAUCAGAUUUCGGUACUCAGACGUGCACUGAAUGAUAUGCGCCAUAUUUAGAAGGUCUCGAAUACACGAUUCUGCGCUCUAUCCCAUGAACGAAGGGUUUAGGAAUCUGCAAGUGCUGAACAAGGCCCUUGAAGACUUUUGCUAACAGAAUUCUAGUUUAGUCGAACAGAUGAGACUUCUUGCUGACAAGUACCCUGACGGGUACGGGGAGCCAAUAAGUAAAGCCAGUCUCUAAUCCUUAGCCACCCAUGAGGUCUUCUCCUAUGGAUAAAUACCAUCUGCCCCUUCCAUCUAGUUUGCCAUCGUAAUCUUGGAGGCGCGUUAAGCGAUUUUUACUGGAGGAGCAGACCUGGUUGAUCCAUUUCAUUCCAUAACACGUACAACCUACAUGUAAGCCAAAAAACAUAACUUGAAAUCGGUUUGCUUUUACUAAACACCUCAACAACACAGAAACAUGAUCUAAGAUUGUCCCUAUAUUGUCCUAUUAGAAAGGAUGCGUCUCAACACACCUUAAUCAGGGGCUUGCACAAUAAAUGCACGGACUAAGCCGGUAGUGUUUUUGACCACCAAACGCAUAUUUUCAAUUCAUUUGGACUAAUGCUGUUAAAUAAAAC